CGCGUACUUCCUGGGUUUCAACGGGUACCCUCGGAGAAAUCCCCCGGGUCCAGCCGGGUGGGUCCUUCCGUCCUUCAGACAGCAGCUAGUAGCUUCACUGUCAAAACUGCGGCUGAGUGGACAAACUGCGUUGAAUAUGUCUCGAAUUUAUGACAACAAGCCGCUUCAGUCAGUUCCAGUACAGAAUCAGACUGGGAACUGGAAUCCACAGCAAUUUCAAAGUGGAUCUGGAGCUAUACUGGAAGGCAAGAUUGAUUCAAGAUCCAGGCAUGUCAUCACAGACUCUAAACAAAACAAAAGUCGAUACUUUGUUUUACAUGUGAGAGUGAAAAUUGCUCAUAGAAGACAAUUUAAUAGUAAAGGUGAAGAGAUUGAAUCCAACAUGGAUGCCACACAGAAGGUCAAUACUGGCUAUCUCAUGUCAUCAUACAAGGUUGAGGCCAAAGGGCAGACUGACCGCCUCACUCAAUCCCAGCUGUCUGCACUGGUCAACAAACCAUCUCUGACCAGUUUGACCCAAAGACACACCCCUGAGGGAUGCCUUGCAUUCUGGAUGACAGAGCUGGAACUAAAGGAUGUGGAAUUUGAAGAUGGUGAUGUCAUCAUGCUCAGGACUAAAGGAGAUGGACCUUUCAUUGACUCAGUAGGAAAGCUUGACACAAGCUCCAAGGAGAUGACCAACAUGGCUGGGUCGGGUCAACUGGGGGAAUCCUGGACAGACAAGAUCAUGACCAUCAAGUCAUCACAGGACCCACCCAACCCCAAACCAGGGCAGGAGGAGAAUGAAGGAGCUGGGGAUGAUGAAUGGGAUGACUAAAAUAUCAUCAGAUGUUUCCACCCUGUAGUCAUCCACCCCAAGGAAGAUGGUACAAAGAGGAUAGCAUAUCAAGGACAAACUUAAUAUCUCAGUCACACAGCCAGACUAACUACAAACCAUCUUCAAACCAAUAUUCUUGGCCACUAUGGGUAAUGGAUCUUCAAAGACUCAGAGAUACCAGAAUGCAGAAACAUGGCUUUGGAAUUGUAUAGUCAGAUAUUAGCUGAAUUAAUCAAGCAGAUAAGUGGCAUUUCUGGUAUCUCUGCAACCAUGACGAUCCAACAAUUCAAUAUCUGCGGCGGCAUUUCCUUGCCAUCUUAAAAUAACAUAAGAGACUUUUGUCUCACAACCAUCCGUACCAAAUAAAGGAAACGUGGCAUCUGCAACAUGUUAAGUUAAUAUGGGUUUUAUGGUAGCUUUAAAUAACAAAAAUGGCUCUUUCAAUGUUUGCUUAGCAAACCAGGUACGGUAAUGUUUUGUUCGGUUUGUUGUUGAUCUCGUCGGUGUGGCUGUGUUAUAAGCAAGCGUUCAUGGUUACAUUGACUGCAUUAUGAUUUGUAACACUCUACUUUGGUAGAAAGUUUCAAUUAAGCUCAUUUAAACAAUGUUUGUGGCACAAUGCAUUGUACUUAGCAUGUAUAUUUCAUAAGUAGAGCAAACUAUGUGUUUUUAUUGUUAUUGCUUCAGGUAUUGUUGAACAAGUACUGCUACUAGAAUAAAUUACCUCAAAUACCAUUGUAUUUAUGUACUAGAAAUCUAAAAGCAGUCUGUAUUUGCUAAAGCAUAUUUUGUAUUUUUUACUUGAAAUUAUUUACAUGGUAGAGAAUGAAAUAAAACAAGAAAUAUGAGGCCUCUGACUUCAGAAAAAUAGGCUAAUAGUGUAAUUUAAUUUCAUCAGUUUUGAAAUUAGCUUUUAUCAUACAUACUGUACAAGUGUUUUUAGAUUUAGAAAGAAGUGAUUCAUAAAUACAUUUAAAGUUAUGUAUGUUUCAUGAGGCAUAUCAGAAAUGAAUUUAUUUGUUAUUUAAUUAACAAUCGCAAAGAUUCAAACUGUAUACAUACUUAUUAAUUGUCGAUAUACAUGUAUGCAAAUUAAAAAAAGGAUAAUUUAAUUGGGGGGAUGAACUUCGCGAGUCAUACUGUGCCUUUACAUGUUGUUGUUUUAAAGUGAUGAGAUGUAAGUAACUAAAUAUGUAAAGUCCAAAGUUUUCUUGCCAUUGAUAAUGAUAAUAUAAAUGUAUGGACUUAUCUGUUACUCUGCAUGGGGAAGAUUGUCUGCUAUACAUUCCUGUCAAUAAAUAUUUUAUUAGAUUCACUGUGAAAUGGGCAAGAUAUUGUUUAUGCAUGCAAUUUCAAACCCUUCUGAUUUAGACCAUGUAUCAAAUAUGAAGCAUACAUCGACGCACUUCUCUAAUAGCUGGACCCACACUUCACCACUGGAAGUAUUGCAGGAUUAUCCAUGUAUCGUAUGAUUUUAAUACUUGUCUAAGGGCUCAAGGUUGGGGAAAACCAACAUUCAUUUUGAUAUAUUUUUUUGUUUUCUUUUUUCCUUGAAUUACUUCAUAGAUAUAUUUGCCCCAGGAGUGUCACAUUUUAUGGACAUGUUGCAUGGCAAAUGUUCACAAUUAUUAUUAUUACAAUUACAAAAGACAGAAAAACACCAUGCUUUUGUAGUAUAUAGACAUGAAUCCACUUUAUUGCUGACUUUUCAAAUAAUUAACACAAGUAGUGCAAUUUUAGUCAUUAUGCUUCACAUAAACUCUUUAACAUGGAAUUUCUAAAUGGAGUAAUAUGGAAAGCAUAAUAAACAAUGUACAAUGAUGUAUAUAUGAUAUUCUAUAUUGUAAUAAACUACAUAUGUAAAUUCA